GUCUCUGUGUGUAUGUAUAUACAAAACACCCUUCUCUAUGGUGCAUGUAUAUAGCUGAAAAUCCUGUGAUUGAUAUUGUGAAUGAUUUAUGGUUGUUUUUUGUAGCCAUUGAACCAUUUUUUCAUUCACCUAUUGUUAUCCAGCCCAGAUCUCUAUCCUGUCCACAAGAGUAGCAUGAAUUAAACUGCAUCCUUGGCAGUCUCCCAAUUGACUAGCUAAAUAACCUCCAAAAUGGAGCCGUGCUGAUACCAUGUGACUCUCACUUCCGCAAUAUUUAUAGUAGGGGGGCAGUAGGGAGGCCAGGUUGGCCCCUUCUGUAACUUCUCCCUCCUCCCUCAGGCCUGUCUUCUCAAGACUCUGCCCUUCCCCCAGGAAGUAGAAUUACCGAGGCAAAAGGAAUGGCUUCCAGCUUCUCGCCAGCCAGAUCCCAGAAAUCGCUGACCUUCCAAGAUGUGGCAGUGGACUUCUCCCAGGAGGAAUGGGGGCUGUUGGAGCCUGCUCAGAAGGACAUGUACAGGGACGUGAUGUUGGAGAACUAUCAGAACUUCAUCUCCCUUGCAGGGCUUCCCAUUAUCAAACCCAGCAUGAUUUCCCAGUUGGAGAAAGGAGAAGCUCCAUGGAUUGCAGAGGGAAGAGUUUCAUUGAGCACUUACUUGGGUUCCCUUGAUCAGAAGAUGAGAUUCAAAACCAUUGAAUCAGCUCUCAAGCAGUGUAUUUCUAUGGGAGAAUCAUCUAGUGAGAGACUUACAAAGAAUGAUAUCCGAGAUUCUAAAGUGUCAGAAAUGUGGAAUUAUGAUAUCAGGUUAGAAAGGCAGAAAUGCAACCAAAAGAGACAGUCUAGACACGUAACAAUGACUCACAGAAAAACUUCAAAUGAACCAAGUGCUGCUCAUGAAGGUAAUACUUUGUGGAGAAAGCUCAGUCUAGGGUCAGUUUUUGACACACAACAAAAAGUUUCUGUGAGAAAAUGUCCAUAUAAAUAUGAUACACUUGGAAAGAACUUUAAGCCGUUUUCAGACCUAAUUAAACAUAAUAGAUUCUCCUUAGGCAAGAAAAUGUCCAAGUAUAAUAAAUGUAGAAAGCCCUUCAGCUAUCACUCAAACCUUAUUUAUUACCAUAGAAUACAUUCUCAAGGGAAAGCAUGUAAAUGCAAUGCAUGUGGCAAAGCCUCCAACAUUAACUCUUGCCUUACUGCAAACCAAAGAAUUCAUUCUACAGUGAAGCCCUAUAAAUGUAAAGAAUGUGGGAAAGCCUUCAGUCGAAAGGGAAAUUUUAAAAUACACAAGAUUAUUCAUACUAGAGAGAAAUCUUUUGAAUGUAAUGAAUAUGGAAAAGACUUCAGGAAAAAUCAGUACCUAAUUCAGCAUCAAACAAAUCAUGCUGGAGAGAAAUAUUUCGAAUGUAAUGAAUGUGGAAAAGGCUUCAGGAAAAGCUCAUCCCUUAUACAACAUCAAAGAAUUCAUACUGGAGAGAAACCAUUUGAAUGCAAUGAGUGUGGGAAAGCAUUCAGCCAGAAGGGAAGCCUUAAUGCGCAUCAGAGAAUUCACACUGGAGAGAAACCCUAUAAAUGUAAAGAAUGUGGACAAGCCUUCAACUGGAUGGGAAACCUUAAUACACAUAAAAAAAUUCAUACCGGAGAGAAACCCUAUGUAUGCGAUGAAUGUGGGAAAGUCUUUAGCAGGAAAGGGAGCCUUAUUGCUCAUACCAGAAUUCAUACUGGAGAAAAACCUUUUCAGUGUAAUGAAUGUGGUAUAUCUUUCAAAUGGCGUAGAUACCUUAAAGAGCAUAAAAAAAUUCAUACUGGUGAGAAACAUCUUGAAUGUAAUCAGUGUGGGAAAGGUUUGAGGAAGACCUCAUCCCUAAUGCAACACCAAAGAAUUCACAAUGGAGAAAAACCUUAUAAGUGUAAUGAAUGUGGAAACUCUUUCAACCGGAAGGAACAUCUUAAAACACAUAAAAUAAUUCAUACUGGAGAGAAACCAUUUGAAUGUAAUGAAUGUGGGAAAGCCUUCAACCAGAAGGGAAGCCUUAAUAUACAUCAAAGAAUCCAUACUGGAGAGAAACCAUAUAAGUGUAAAGACUGUGGGAAAGCUUUCAGAUGGAAGGGAAACCUUAAUACACAUGAGAAAACUCAUACUGGAGUGAAACCCUAUAAAUGUAAUGAAUGUGGGAAAUCCUUCAGUCGAAAGGGAAACCUUAAUGCACAUAAUAGAAUUCAUACUGGAGAGAAACCUUUCCAGUGUAAUGAAUGUGGGAUAGCAUUCAAGUGACUCGCAAAUCUUGCUAAGCAUUAGACAAUUUGUACUGGAGAGAAACCUUUGAAUAUAAUGUAUUUGGGAAAGCUUUCAAAGGAAUACCUUGCUGAUCAUCAAAUAAUUAUUUCUGGGGAGAAUCUUUAUAAAUGUAAUGAAUAUAGUUCAUCCCUCAUCAGAGACUUCAUAUUAAAGGUGAACUGUGGAAUUGUUAUAUAAUGGGGGGAUGUCAUAAAUUCAUCAUUUAUUAAAAACUGAAUAGGUGUUAGAUUUUUUUUCACCAACUACCUCAUCAUUGUUGCUUUGAGAAGGGAAAAUGACAGUAUCCUUUUUAUCCCUCUUGUUCAUAUCUAUUAAAUGCCAUUAAGUACCAUUGAAGUUAUAUUGUAUUAGGUAUUUGAGAAUAUUAAGUUAAAGAUGGUCCUUGACUUAAGGCUCACAUAGAGGCAAAAGGGAGGAAAAAAUGUGACAUAAUUAAAACAAUAUAUGGUAAUUAUAUGAUAUGUACAGUAAGAAGUUUGCAAAUUCUAAGCAGGAAAAGAUAUUACAGAUAUUAAUCUGGUAGGGCAGUGAGGAUUGGGGAAGUCUUUGUGGAGGAGAGGCUAGUGCAGUGAUAUUAAAAAAAAAUAGGACAUUAAGUGGAAAGUACUUUACAGGCUUAGGGAAUACUAUAGGCAAAGCCUAGAGGCAGAACAGAAUGGAACUUUAGAGGGAUUUGGUAAAUAAUCCAGUUUAGCAAUUAGCAGUUAAGAGUAUAGAAGACAGUGCUAAACCAUGAGUCAGAUACUGGGACCAAACAUUUAGUAGCCAUGUGACUUUGAACAAAUUAUUUAAUCUCUCCAGAUGUUGGAUUCUUCGUCUGUAAAAUGAAAAUUAGAUAAUAUCUACAGUCAUUUCUGACAGACACCAUGGUGAAAUCAAUCAUCCUUGGAGUCAGGAUAGCCUGAUUUCAAGUCUUAUUCCUGACACAUACUUAUGGCUGUUUGACCACAGGCGAAUCCCUUAAUUCCUCAGAUGACUUUCUGAGGUUUAAAAUUACAGAUUGUUCACCACACUUCAUUGGUAGAAGGAAUUUCCACAAGUAAAACAUUGAAAUCUCACAUUUAGCACAAAGUUUUUUCCAGCUCUUCAUGAAGGUGCCAUUUUACUUUUGUCUUUUAAUGCCCAACACAGAGCACAGUGCUUUGCACUUAAUAAGCACUUCAUAAAGAUUUUUUAAUAAAUCAAUGAUGAUCCUGUCAGUAGAAUGAGAUAAAAAUGUGUGGCAAUGCCAAUUUAGGAAGGGUUUUGAUUGUCAAGGCUAAAAAAUUUGAACUUACUUUGAGGGGUGAUUGAAAGUCCCCAAAAGAUUUUCAGCAGAGAAAGGAAUAUAAUUUAAACAUAAGUAAGAUGGAUAUGUUAAUUGCUAAUAUUUAUGUAACACUUUAAGGCUU